AUGUUCGCUGCGCCGCUGGGCACGUGGCGGCCCGAGCGCGCCCUCGACCAGAUGGGCGGGUGCGCGGUGCUCGCUCUGAGCGCCGCCACUCCGCUGGACCCAGGCAUCCGCUGUUUUGAGAUCAUGUCUAUCAAGCGUUUGCAGAUAUCGACGGCCACCUUGAAGGGAUGCUUCGCGUCUGGGCGAGAUGGGGUCGAUCUGAUCGAUGAGUGCCCGCGGAGCGACACCGAGCCGUUGGUGGACAUCUUCAAAGGCUCUGGGCUGAAGCAGCUGGUGUACAUGUCUUCGGCAGGCGUCUACCUGAAGACGGACGAGAUGCCGCACCUGGAGACGCAGGCUGUGGACCCGAAGUCCAGGCACAAAGGCAAGCUGGAUACCGAG